UCGGGUCGCUGGGGCAGCAGCUUCAGAAACGAGGCCCAGACUGUUUUCUUUACUUCUUCAAAUAGCCGAGCCCACAGCAAGCGUGAAAAUAAAGAGAAAAACUAGUGGAACCCAUCUACGACAUUUCCACCCGGAAUCUUUUCUCAAGCACACACGUUACGAUGGCAACAUGUCCGAAUCUUAAAGACCCUGACGAUGCAGUAAACGACCCUGGUGCUGCUCCUUACGGAAACUUUAUAAACUAUUACAGCUUUAACCCUCCGGAAAACCGCUUGAGUCUGAUCCCAGCGACGCUCCUGCAGGAUUUAGGCUACAGGGACGGAGGGGACGAGCCCACGCUCAUCCUGGACGUGGGGUGUAACUCAGGGGACCUGAGUGUGGCCGUCUACAAGCAUCUUGUCCAGGAACCAGGGGAGAGCACAGUUCACCUUCUGGGGUUUGACUUGGAUGAAACUCUUGUUGAGCGUGCAGAGCAGACCAACCCUCUCCACAGCAACAUCUCCUUCAUCCAGCUGGACAUCACCAAGGAAACCAACCAGCUGCAAGACUUCCUCAGCCAGCACAGCUGCUCCCACUUCCACCUGUGUCUGUGCCUGGCCGUCACCAUGUGGGUCCACCUGAACCAUGGAGACUCAGGCCUGCUGCAGCUGCUGUCGCGCCUCGCCGCCAUCAGCAGCCACCUCCUGCUGGAGGCUCAGCCCUGGAAGUGUUACCGCUCUGCAGCCCGCCGCCUCAGGAAGCUGGGCCGCUCGGACUUCGAUCACUUUAAGACCCUUAAGAUCCGUGGCGACGUUGCAGAUCACGCCACGGAGCAUUUGGAGAGACACUGCGGCAUGGAGCUCAUGCGGAGCUUCGGCAGCACCGCAUGGGACCGGAAGCUGCUGCUUUUUAGACGGAGAUGAGUUUUAUGGAUUUAUGGCUUUUAACACCCCAGGUGUGUAAAGAUGUCCGUAGCGACAUUGAGAGCAGCUCUGAAGAAGAACCUGACAGCCCAACUGAAGGCCGGAAGGCACCAGAACCCGGACUCAGAACCACAGUAGCUGGUGAUGAGGAGCCCACAGCGCCCCCUGCAGCCUCCAUAGAGCUACGUCUGCCUGAUCUUAUUUUUAUCCUGAAGGGUUUAUUUACAACAUUUUUCACAGUGCCACCAUUCCACAGCAGGCAUCACUCAAAUAAAGAUCAACAUGUGUUA